AUGAAUCGCAUGAUUCGGGUCUCCUCUAGUGCGCUCUUGCUGCUGGCAUGCGCGCUCAAUGCCUCCGCCCAUGGCAGUCAUGAGCAUGCGCAAGUCGAGGUCCCGCCAGACGCUGACUGGGCGACGCGACAUAUGGCUGAGGAGCAUCACAUAUCUGGCUUCGACGCUAGCUUCUUCUUCACUCUACACGACUACGACGGUACCGGUCUUUGGACUGCUAUGGACAUUCGACGCACCUACGGCCUCGAAAACCCGCCCACUUCUACUCAGAUUUCCGACACAAAGAAACAAAUGGUUGUCGAUACCGUUCUCAAAAUGUUCGACAUGAACAAAGACGGAGCGAUCACGCUGGAAGAAUUCCUACAGAAAGACACCGAGGGCGUCAAGUUACCCGACUUUGGCAUGGGCCCUGGACACCACGGCGACGACGAGUACGAGUAUGAGAUCCACCACUGGGAAAAGUACCACAGUGGAGACGACGUCAAGGAAGAGGAUCUCAACCACCCCGAGGACAUUGAGCAUUUCAAGAUGCACGAGCAGAAGGAGGCUGCGCAGGAAGAGUGGGAGAGGCUGGAGCUUAGGGGUAUUGUGGAGAAGAACAUCCCCGAUAAAUACAGGCGGAAUUGAUGAGCUCACGCGCUUACUGAGACGCACGUUUGGCGUUGACGAAGUAUCUGUGAAUGUGCCGGCAUAAAAAGAGACUAUG